GCGUACGCACGCAUUCGACGGAUGUGCAACGCAAAGUAAAACAAGGCAAAGUGUGGAAAGCAAACAAAAAAAAAAUAUUAAAUAAAUUGUGAAUUGUGAAUUGUUGCGUUGCUGCUUUUUCCUCCUUCCCUCCAGCAUUAACUGGGGCUUCUAUAAUUCAUAAAACGCUUAACAAUGCAUUGCUAUGAGUAUUGAUUGUGUCGUGCUCAAACAAAACAAAUCUUCUGCACAUGCCUAGGUGUGUGCAAAUCGAAUGAAUACAUACACACACAACUGGAUUUAGAGCGAUUUAAUGCGAAGAAAGCAAUUUGUGUCGCGGCAGCGGGCAGGUGAGCGCGGUUAACGCGGAUAGUGCCGUCGACAGCAGACAAUGCCGUAGAAGAUGUGUGUGUAUGUGGCAAUGAAAAAGUGCUGUGCUCCUACCCACUGCUUCAGUGUAAUGGUUACGCCGAAAAGCAUGCAACAGAUCCUUGAAAGCAUAUUAAAAAAUUGUUGCACGCACGCAAACACAUAACUAAAGCUACAACAGUGCUUAGCGCAGUGUCUGAGCGUACGUGUGUGUUAGUGUGUAUCCAUCAGCAUUGCUAACUCUUUUGUGGCUUUGAAGUCAAGAAUCAUAAAUACCAAUCCGACUGGAUAUCGAUGGCGUACAAGGAGCACCAUAAACUGCGUAAAUUCUAAUUUGUUCGAAACGAAAAAGUUAGCUCAGUUCAUACCAUAAGCAAUGAUAACUCAUACAUAGACACACAUGUAUGUGAAAAUAUAUGAAACAAAUUGACAGAGGAGACGUCAACUAAUUAAGAACGAAAACGAGUUGUCCUUAUUUAAGCGAACGAGAACAUAACCUGAAGAGCGGGUUGAAGUCGAUGUGAUGCCUACGCGACGGUCGGGCGGCGCCACAGUGCGACGCAAGCACUCAAUUGGAAAUUUGCGUCGCGCUCAUCCCGCCUCGGGUGCCACAUGGAAUGUGCAAGUGGUACGUGGUAAAAUGUCAUCUAAGUGCCUUUGGCAUGCUUGUCGCGCACUUGUGCUGGGUCUGACGCUGAUGCUGCUCGGCGCCGGUAUGGCUACGAUAGGUUAUUAUGCGGACCACCUUUCCACGAACUCUGAGCUGCGUGGUAAUGCGACGGUGAGAGUCAAGAAUGACUUGAAGGGCUUCCAUCUCAACAACCUCUCUUACGUCGGACCGAUUGUAAUGGGUUUCGGAGGUUUCAUUGUCGUUGCUUCGUGCGUUAUGACAUUUGAGGCGCGUGACUCGGCGGCAAAAGUGGUGCCAGCGCGUUUUCGUGCGGGUGCGAGUGGCAGCAAGACAACGGUGCGUAGUAAUCAGAGCAGCGCAACUUCACAGCGACGCGCCGUUGGCAUACAAUUGCAGUCCUCGCGCUGGGAUCAACAGUUUGGUGUGUUUCGCACAUCGCCAGCAGAGCCGCCACCGCAGACCACACCGCAGCCCUUCGAUCGUGACGCGCUUACCGCGGAGCUAGUCAAAUUUUCAAAAUCGCUCAGCGCAUCCGCUCGCUUUUCUCCACAACUACGACGCCUCACCCACACUGGUUCUGUGCCAAAUCUCUCCACACAUGUCCCCCACCCCAUCGCUUACUCCACUAACCUCUCACAUUUGCUUUCGCCGAAUCACAAACCACUUUUGUUGUUGGAACAAAAACGUCACCAUCGCCACCAUCAUCGGCACCACCACCACCAUCGCCAAACACCCACGAGCAGCAGUGGGCGACAAGUGAAGUCGCGCGGACCACGAAUCAGCAAUAGUUUGGUGCAACGCAACACUCGCGAAAAUGGUGGGCCUUGCGCGUUGCUCCAGCCACCAGGCACGAACAAGCUCUACUGGCAUGCGGCCUCUUUCGACGACGGCCUUCGUGGGGAUAAGCAUCUUUCAAGAGCCACGGUGGCUGACAUGUCUCGCCGCUCUGAUACGGCCAAACGUCAUGUGUUGGCACGGCAGAAGCCGAUUGAGCAUGAAGAGGACAAAAGCAGCCCUCUGGGUAAUCGCAGAAGUUCUACUAUGUCAGACUCAUCGUACAGUGGCCGCUGGACGGCACGUUGCGCUUCCAUGGCAAGUCGCGCAUCAAGUAUCGAUUCACGACGUAUUCAAGUAGAUCUGCAUAGCCCCGAGGUAUUGCCGAAAUCCAUACUGCGUUCACCGAAGCGCUACAGCUCAGGACCAUCCGCCACUCCGUCGGUUGAAAAAGAGUUCAGAAGCCAGCUAAGUGUCUGCUCAGAACCACCCGCUCCCAUACACCAGCUUUCGGGUCAAUCGAGCUUAGAACCUUGUUUCCCCGAAGAACUCAUAGAUAACACGGAAGAAAAACCAUGUACCAACAUUGAUGGGGUCGCAUUGUCACCGGAUGCACUAAACGUGGCCAUUCAAACCAUAUCCAUGACAAGCCCAAACCAUGUAGAAGAACUACCACCACCACAGCCACCCAAGAAAUUAAAUAGCAUUCUAAAGAAACCACGCCCCGACACACUUUGCCUCGCAACCAGUACAAAAUCCGCCGUAGUAAGUGAGAUCAAUAAAUCUCUUUGCCGCAGCAACUCCUCGCGCACUUUCUAUAGACCCAAACCACAACUGCCCAACGAACUGGACGACAGCAUCUUCUACAUACGAUCCUCUAGCGAACGACAAAGCAUCGAUAGUAACGAGCUCUACGAUUCAGUGCAAGUUAUAAAUGAAAGACGAACAACGCUGCUGAGAGCGGAGAGUGAAGCUGCGCUCUAUAAUGUGAAAAAAGCGAGCAGUUUCUCACUGCUAGCCGAGAUACCAGAACGUGCACAAAACAACUCGGUAGAUGUGGAAGAGAAUACGCCCAGCGAGCCGGCAAAGGAUCCGCAGCCGAAAAAUGAGACCACCGUGGAAAUCGAAAGUGAAUCAACACGACCACCGACAAGUGAGAUCACGUAAUGGAGUGAUCGAAGUGUUAUACGUAUAUAAAUCAAAUACUGACAAGUGUCAGCCGUUCUUGCGUUCAGGAAACAUUAGAAGUUUUGUAGAAACCUCUAGAAAAUAGUAUAUUUUAUACCAAAAGCACAGAAGACAUAUUUUGUAGACAAAUAUUUCGGUACUAGUAUAUGUAUGUAGCUAUGUUCGUAGGUAAGUAUACAGUUAGAUCAGUUCGUUUUACAUAUUUAGUGAGUUUCUGAGAAAAGUUUGAGAACCACUAUAAAAUCGAUUCAAUAAAGAGCCGGCUGACAGAAUUUAUGCAUAGGUAGUGGCUCAAUCAAGAGGAUAUUUGUAUUAUUUAUCUUUAUUUUAUAAAUAUUAUACUUUAUUGGUUAACUUGCAAAUAUAGAGAUAGUGAUAUAUAGCGCUCUCUCUUCCACUAAAUACUCAAUUAACGAGAGCGUCAAGCAAUAAACACUAGAUCUACGAACUUGUUACGAAACAAUUAUUUACCGAUGUUGUUGUUAUUUAAAAUAUUGUUGUUGUUAAAUGUCUGUCUUAUGCAUAGUUAAGUUAGCAAUUAUUAGACGUUUCUACGGAACAAUAAAAAAUAUAACUAUCAAUAACCAAA